GACAUCUCUGCGAGUACACAGAAUUGCAUUUCCAGUCAUAUGGAUGAUUUUUACUACUGCACGGGCAGUCAAAAUGAAUGAAGAUAUGGAGGCAUGCUUGGAGGUCAUCCCCAGUCUCCAAUAUUCAUGCUGCAAGAGAAACCUGAGCUACAUACCAACCAGUAUCCCUCCCUCCACACAACAUUUGGACUUCAGUUUUAAUUACCUCACAACAUUGCAGAGACAAAUGUUCCUGAGAUUACCACUUCUACAACAUCUUGAUCUCACAAGAUGUCACAUCCAACACAUUGACAAUGAGGCCUUCUUUAAUGUAAGGAAUUUGUCUGUUUUGAUCCUCACUGGAAAUCCGCUUAAAUAUUUUGGAAGAAACAGCAUUAAUGUUUUGGUAAAAAUAUACAAGCUUGUUCUUGUAGACAUACGUCUGCUCUCCUUGGACAGUCUUAAUUUGCAGAAUUUAACAAGCCUAAAGGAAUUAAAAGUUGGAACAAACAGGUUAUUUUCUUUGGCCCUUCCAAUGUAUGCUGAUCGUUUCAAGGACUUCACAUUAUUGGACCUUCGUAAAAACAAUAUAUCUGUCAUCAGAGCUGUUCACACUUCUGUUUUGCGUCAGAUGAGUAGCAAUUUAACUUUAAUAUUGGCCGGAAACCCAAUAUCCUUCAUAGAAACUGGAGCAUGUAAUGGCCUUUAUUUGCAAGAGAUCAAUUUAUUUGACACAACCUUAUUCAGAAGUAGAGAAGUUCUUGGGGGUCUUAGAGGUUUGAAUGUGAAGAGGUUGAAAAUAGGACAUUUUAUUGAGACAGGAAGGAUCGGAAUAAAUCCAGAUUCUUUGGAAAACCUUUGUUUCAUAAACUUCGAGGAGAUAUAUUUUUAUCACUCCACCUAUUUCAAACUACCCAAUCACAUCCUUGGUUGCAUGAGUAAUUCUACAAAAAUUGUUCUGACCAAAGUUGGAAUAAUUAACAGGGAGCAUGUGUAUUUUCCAAACCUUGAAGAGAUUGUUGUUGUUAAAGGCAAAAUGGCCAUACUACCAGAUGUUCUACUAUCUCAUCAACACAAUUUAAAGAAACUGGUCAUCAAUUACAAUCUCCUGCCACCAAAAUUUACAAGCUUUGCUGAUUUACCUAGUCUAGACUACAUUGAUCUAAGUCAUAAUGAGUUGAUCAUGAAUUGCUGUGAUAAUGAAUUUAUUGGCAGCCCUAAACUCAGGUAUCUAAAUCUGAGUGAGAAUGCGAAGAUUAGAAUAAGAGACCAUGGAUUUUUUAAUCAAACGUCUCUUGAAAUAUUGGAUCUUCAUGGCACAGAAGUAGAGCUUGAACAUGACUUGGCUGUUAUGCAAAACCUUAAGAAUUUAAAAACUCUCAACCUUUCCCACUCACAAAUUAUCUUCAAAAGCAUAGUAAUGUUUUAUGGUUUGAGCAGUCUGAAAGAAUUGAAAAUUGCUGGUAACAGCUUUGCGAAAGGCAUUUUUGGCCAAUUAUUUUCAAAUCUCACAGCUUUGGAGCUUCUGGACAUUUCAAAUUGUGCCAUUGAAGACAUACCCUUGACUUCAUUCCAGGAUUUGCAUAAUUUAAAACAUUUGAUUCUUAGUGGGAACAAACUGACCACAAUGGACUUUCUCACAGGUCCUAGUUUAUUGAAACUAAAGUAUUUGCAUACAGAAAAUAACCACAUAGCCAGCAUCUCUCCAAACAUUCUUCAGAAACUUCCAGCAAAUCUUUCAGUAUUUGAUUUGUCCUUCAAUCCCAUCAACUGUUCCUGCUCUCAAACUGAAUUUAUUUCCUGGAUCAUUAACCAUCAGUCAAUUCUAAAAGAUCCUCAACUAAUAUCAUGCAAAUCCUCAUCCAUGAACUCCAGCGUGAUAAACUUUGACACCACACACUGUGUUCCCACAAACAAUGGGAUCAUAACUGUUUCCAUAUUAGCAGCUGUACUUGUAUUCUUCUCUGCAUUGCUGUAUAAGUACCAGUUCUAUAUACACUACUGCUUCAUAUUGCUAAGAGGCUACAGAAUGUCUAGACAAGAAGAAUUCACCUACGAUGCCUUUGUGAUCUACUCAAGCAAGGAUGAAACCUGGGUGUUGGAAGAGCUUGUGGAAAACCUUGAGAAAGGCCUUCCCCCAAUUCAGCUUUGCCUGCAUGAGCGAGAUUUCCAAGCUGGAAAGUCGAUUACCUCCAAUAUAGUGGAUGAAGGCAUUAUGGGCAGCCGAAAAGUCAUUGUGGUGGUGUCUCAGCACUUCCUAGACAGCUCCUGGUGCCAGUUUGAGUUUGAACUGGCACAAUCCUGGCUUGUGUUGAGGCAAAAUGCCAGCAUCAUCAUCAUCAUUCUGGAAGAUGUGGAAGAUAAGAAAAUAAGGAGACUGUUUGGACUUCAUAAGUAUCUGAAAAAGAACACAUACCUCAAGUGGAAGGGGAAUGUGCUAAGCAAUGUACGGUUCUGGACUCGUCUCAGAAAAGCCAUUAUUGCUAGAAACUGAAAUUUGUAUUAACAAAUGAUACAUAGUACAGAGAGAGGUUGACUGAUGUGGAUAUAAGGGUGUGAUUGUGUUGAUCUCUUUUUAAAAUUUCAAUUGAAUUUAAUUGAAUUUUGAUUGAUACCUCCAGACUUCCAUAAAUCUGCCAUCUAAAAUGAUGCCUAUUUUCACUGUUUCUUUUUGCGUUGAUUAUUUGUAAGAC